AUGAAAAUAGAACGUUCUCGAUUUCCUUCUCCUUCUCCUCUCUCUAUCUCCACCCUCUCUUUCCCGCUGCCUCUCACACUAUCAUCCUCUCUCUUUCACUCACUCUAUCUAUCUCACCCUCUCUCUCUUUCCCUCUCAUCCUCCGACUCCCUCUCUCUAACUCCCCACUCUCUUUUCCUCAGCUUCUCACUCUAUUACCCCUCUCUCUUCCACUCACUCUAUCUAGCUCACCCUCUCUCUCUUUCCUUCUCAUUCUCCCUCUCCCUCUUUCUAACUCCCCACUCUCUUUUCCUCAGCUUCUCACUCUAUUACCCCUCUCUCUUUCACUCAUUUUAUCUAUCUCACCCUCUCUCUCUUUCCCUCUUAUCCUCGGACUCCCUCUUUCUAACUCCCCACUCUCUUUUCCUCAGCUUCUCACUCUUCUCACUCUAUUACCCUCUCUCUUUCACACUGUCUCUCCCCCUCUCUUUCCAUCUCCUUCUCCCUCUCCAUCUCUCUCUUUUCCUCUGCCUCUCUCGCUAUCAUCCCUUUCUCUUUCAUUCUCUCUCUAUCAACCCUUUCUCUCUUUCUUUUUCCUUCUCCCUCUCUCUAUCUCCUCACUCCCUUUCCCACUGCCUCUCUUUCUAUCACCUCUAUCUCUUUCACUCUCUCUCUAUCUCCACUCUCUCUUUCCCCUUUCCCUCUCCUUCUCUCUAUUUCUUCUGGUUAUGCAUCAUAGUACCUUUUUUUGAUUAUCUAUCUAUCUAUCUAUCUAUCUAUCUAUCUAUCUAUCUAUCUAAAUCUCUUCAUAUGUCUCUGUAUGUCUAUCUGCCUGUCUAUCUAUCUAUAUAUCUAAGCCUGUCUGUAUCUAUCUAA